ACCGUACAUCGUAUCCCAUUCCACGCAACAAUGACCCUUUCUGACCUGCCGAGCGUUGAGUCCUUCGUGUACAACCUCAUUGAGACAGUGACAUCGCGUUCGGCCAUCAGCGAGGCGUUUGUGUACAUCAGCCUGGUGUUUCUGGUGCUCUUGGUUUAUACAGUGCUCACUGAGUACUUCAACAACGUUCCCAUGAAUGUCUUUUUAGAGCAACGCAGCUUUGGAAGUUCAGCCAUGCAACAGCUUCAGCCAUUGAUGACUCACUUGGCCGCCCGUGUCGAAGCUGCUUUGGAGAAGUGGGACCACCCUCAACCUGACGUGGGCGGCCAUCCCCAUGUGGAGUAAAAUUACGCCCACACCCCACGCCCACCCUCACGACCUAAGGAUGCUCUCGAAAUGCAUAAGGUCGAAAAAUGAGGAAGACAAAAACGGAGACGAAGACGAAGUAUUCCAUUCACCUGAAUAAUAAGAAAAUGAUCCACUUUCUUCUCAAUCUUCUACCACACUUUAAAAAAACACCUCAUAUUUUUUUCCUACAUUUGUCUUCCAUUUUAUAACCUCUGUCUCUUGCCUCCUACCCCCACCCACUUUUAUCCACAUGUCUCCACAAAACUUCAUCAGAUUUGAUCCCUUUAACUCAACAGCACCUCAUAAACCACAAGAUUAUGUACUGUACACGUUUUUUACCCUGUCCCGUUUCCGCUCAAACACGCUUCAUCGCAAUUAUGUAAAUAAACAAAGCCAUAUUAUACGCAACGACACAGUAAUACAACUAUAGAGGAGUGAAGUAUGUAACGUAACAGCUUGUAAUUGUGAGACUUUAAAGGGAUCCAAGCAGGUUUACUUCUUAUUUCAAUACUGUUUUGACCUUAUGAUUAAGAUCAUUCUAUUCUUCAUAGAUUUUUGGUCAUUCUUAUGUUCUUCAUUUUUCUUUCGUGCCAUACAUAUUGUUUAUUGUUGUUUGUCCUUUUUGUUAUUGAGCUGAUAUACAUAUAGGUCUGUCAGUUGUUAUGAAUUUAUGUAUGUUCGCUUCAAAAUAAACUAUUUAUUUUUUCAUCGCUCAGCAA